CAAAAACUAAAGAACCCCACUGGUCUGGUCCGGUCCGGUCCGGUCCGGUCUCUUGUAUUUUGUAACAGUAGUUCCUUCUACUUGAACCAAACUAGUCUUCUUCUUCAUCUACUACCUCCAUCCAUUCCCCACCUCUUUUCAAUUUGUCUCUUUUUAGUCUUUUCCUUUCCCACUUCACAUAAAUCCCUCCCUCCCUAUCAACUCCAUUCACAUUACUAUCCCUUUCCCACUCCUUUUGGGGCCUCUUCUACUCCUCCUUCUGAAGAAGAGGAGGUCUAAAUCUUGAAUGGGGGUUUCUGUUUUUCUUGCAGAAGCAGAACCAGGUUGAGUUUUUUUUUUUUUGGUUUCACAGUCAUGGAGACUAUGUCUGCCUCAUCUUAUGGUCUAAAUGGACCACCUAAAUCAUCUCAUUAUGAUGAGAUUUGUAUGCAACAGUCUUUAAUCUUCUCUGAUAGUCUCAAGGAACUGAAGAAUUUGAGAUCACAGUUGUAUUCAGCUGCGGAGUAUUUUGAGUUGUCUUAUAACAAUGAUGACCAGAAAGAAAUAGUGGUGGAUACUUUGAGAGAUUAUGCGGUUAGAGCGUUGGUGAAUACGGUGGAUCAUUUGGGUUCUGUGACUUGUAAGGUUACUGAUAUGAUGGAUGAAAGGGUAAAUGUUGUCUCAGGAGCAGAGCUUAGGGUCACUUGCAUCGAACAGAGAUUAAAGACAUGCCAAAGCUAUAUUGACCAUGAGGGCCUUUCACAACAAUCUCUGUCAAUAGCUACUCCAAAGCACCACAAGCGGUACAUCUUGCCUGUUGGGGAGACAAUGCGUGCUUGUGGCCCUACUAUAUCUGCACACCAAUGGUGCAGCCUAGAUGAUGAAGACCAAUGGCAUCAAUUCAAGAAUGCUGUUCGGUCAACCAUAAUUGACACCUCAACACCUUCAGUAAGAAAAGAGCGUUCUCGUUCAGCUUCUCCACAGCGUCCCAGUCAACAUGAAUCCCCACAGCGUCCCAGUCGACAUGAAUCCCCACACCGUCCCAGUCGACCUGAAUCCCCACACCGUCCCAGCCGGUCCGUAACUCCACAGCGUUCCAGCCGAUCAGGGACUCCACAGCGUUCUAGCCGGUCAGGGACUCAACAGAGCUCCAGCCGAUCAGGGACUCCACAGCGUUCCAGCCGAUCUAGUACUCCUCAACGUUCAGCCCGGCCUGGAAUCGGAGUCUUUUGCUUCACAGAACAAUCCAUCUCAGAGAAAAGAACCAUAUCACCAGGCCGUCCAAGGUAUCCACUUGCACGAUCUGGAUCUCUUCAAAGUAGGACAACAACUCCUAUCUCAAGUAGAUCGACAACUCCAGUCCCUAAUAGACCAACCACUCCAAGCGAUCCAAUUACAAAACAUCGGAGCUCUUUCGAUUCUUGGAAAUCAGCUUCUAUGCGUGUCAGUUCUGAAAGGAACAUUCCAAAAGAGGUAGAGCGAGCCCCUAGCAGAAGUAAACGCCUCCUCAAAGCAUUGCUUAGCAGACGUAAGUCAGCAAAAGACGAAGCACUUUAUACUUUCUUAGAUGAAUACUAAAAGAAACAAUGAUGAAAUACUUCGAGCCUGCCAGAACCAGUUUGCCUUCUGAAAUGAUUAGAUCUCCUGAUUUCCUUCUUAGUUUGUUUAUAACUUUAUAGUUUAUACUUCUGUUGAAGUUCAUAUCAUCGAAGUCUGUAAAUGACUAUAGUUGAGUAUCAAUGAAGCAGUGGUUCUCUUUAA